CACAGUCUGCCUGGGCUGGUGAAAUUUCCUCCCCUUUGCUGAGGUGCUGCAUCAUUUCCUUCUGGCCUGGGAGCAGGAAGGGCUGCAGAGGAAGUGCUCCUGGCUGUGCCUGCCUCUGUGGAGCCUGAGGACAGGCUUCCUUUGGGAGGCUCACAUACUGUAGGGACACUGAUUUCCCAUGGAUUCCCGCUGGGACUGCUUGAAGGGCCUGAUGCAUAUCAGGCUGGGAGGACAUCAUUGGGCUGUACAAGUAUGGACUGUUGAAAUCAAAACAAGGGAAGCAGUACUUGUAACAGCACUGUUCUUGCAUAUAAGCCUGGCAAAGCAGGACUGACCAUCCGUAUGAAUUAACGGACAUACAAGUGCAGCUGAUGAAAAUGAGGUUCUACUCAGCACUUCAGAGGUCUGACAGGGGUUGUAUGGCUCCAGUGCAGAAUGGGAAACCUUCACUUUCUCUUCCUCAGCUCCAGGGAAUUCUGCUGAACUACUCCUAAUAAUCCUGUUCAGAAUCACAGAAUGGUCGAGGUUGGAAGGGACCUCUGGAGAUCAUCUAAUCCAACCCCUCUGCUCAAGCACAGUCACUGAGAGCACAUUGCCCACAAUCAUGUCCAGACUGCUUUUGAAGAUCUCCAAGGAUGGAGACUCCACAACCUCUCUGGGCAAUUUCUUCCAGUGAUCCAACUUCCAGGAUGUUGGGUACACCUGGGCAUAAUACUAGUGUCUGCAUGCUGGAUACCAUCCUGUCUGAAAGUCUGGGCAGCUGUCCUUCCACCCAGCUCCAUCUCUUAGGUUGGCUUUAGCAGCCAAGCUCCUUUGGACUCUUCACAGAACUAAGUAUUUACUUUCCACGGUUCGGAGUAAUAUUCAGGAACUGAUGAGCAUCUGAGCACUCCACACAUGCAAGUUAGACCUCAAUGGAGAAAAAUGAGGAUUGGUUAUGAAUACUCACGUAGACUAUGUCUCUUGAAACUCCAGCCAUUCUUGCAGGAUGGCUAUGACUGAUGUGCUCAGCGCUGAGGAUAUCAAGAAGGCUGUAGGAGCCUUUUCAGCUGCUGAAUCUUUUAACUACAAGAAGUUUUUUGAGAUGGUAGGACUGAAAAAUAAGAGCCCAGAAGAUGUGAAGAAGGUUUUCCGCAUUCUUGAUAAGGAUCGAAGUGGCUUCAUUGAAGAGGAAGAAUUAAAGUUUGUACUGAAGGGCUUUACCCCCAACGGUAGAGACCUGUCAGACAAAGAAACGAAGGCUCUUAUGGCUGCAGGAGAUAAGGAUGGUGAUGGUAAAAUUGGUGUUGAUGAAUUUGCAACUAUGGUGGCUGAAUCAUAAAGGCUUUGACCAAUGCAACCCCUUCAUCCAUCCUUCACUGCCCAAUUCCAACCUCCUGCUGACUGCUUUGGCUCCUGUUCUAUUUAAUUAUGUUAUUUUAUACUCUGGCUCUGUUCUCUGCAAUCUUGUAACUCU